AGACACGUUUAUACAUUGAAUCACGAAUAUGUACAAUUACGAAUGCAGAUUUCUUGAAGAAUAUGCAUAGCGCAGCUGCGCGACUCUUUUCUACGAUUUAUUUUUACAUUGACCGAGGUGCAUUAACACAAAUCUGGUAUUUGUUUAGGUGUCAUCAACUAUAUUGUGUUGCGUUGUUGGCAUCGAAUGCCAAGACGUGACACAAUCUUAGACUGAAAUUCCAUGCUUUCUUCAUAUUACGCGAGCUGCGGAAAGAUGGUAUUUACAUCGAAAUUGUCCAAGAAAAAACACAAUCAAGUCGCACGAUUUUUGUCUUUCGACAUUUCAAAUCGAAAUCGGAAAAACACUGAAGAUGGACAUGUUGUUCAGAUCUAUCGAGACGGUCCUGCUUUGUACUAGCUGCAGAUCUCAGGAUUAAUAAGCGAAAGUAGAGGAGAUUUUGGAAGAAUCGAGGAUCUCGAGGAGGUGUAGGAGAACAAGAUUUUUUUUACUUUCUUCUUUGUACGAUAACGAUAAAAAAUUACGACUUUAUACAGAAUUCAAAUAACGCGAAAAAAUUAUUAAAUUACUUGUACUGCUGCCAUUGUACAAGUGACCUUCUUCGACAAUUAAGACGUUGGUAAGUGAUAAUUAAGACGCUAAUAUAAUGUAGAAUACCGCAGCUGUACCCUAAUUUCACGCCGUGUUAGCGGUACUUGUCAGUGUCAUUUCAUCGUCGAGAAAUUCUGCCGAACGAUAAUAGAAUUCCGAAUAAUCAUGUACAUGUCAUAUUUCACAGCCACAUCAAUUUGCUUUGCUCGAUGACCAGAUAAUUCCAACAAAUCUCCGUAUUUAACACAAUACAUGACUUUUGAUACUUAGCCAAUCGUGACGUGAUUUCUUCUACGUCUACCGAACCGAAACUAAACGAAGGGAAAGAGGAAACCACACCGCUUCUCGAUCAGCAGCCACCCGAAUAUUCCCCGAAGAGUGACGAUGCACCGAAUAAAAUUGAUUCACGAGGCGCAGUACGCGCGCACCGCGACGACGACCGCAGAUGCACCAGGUGAUUCGGGCGUUCCCGAGACAGUGUCGCGGUCCACCGAAUACCGGUGGCUGCUAUAAAUAAUUUGAUGUUCGCUCCGGUCGCGUUCGCGAUGGGCGGCCGAGGGUAUAGAAGAGAGUCGGCUAGGAGCCGCUGCAGCGGGCUGCUCUAGCGACCGCUCAGCCUCCUUCUCUCCAUACUAUUUCUCUCUCUCUCUUUCUCUUUCCCUCUCUUUAUCUCUCUCUGUCUCUUCCUCUUCUCUUGAACCAAGAGACGAAGGGACGUCGUCUCGUGGACGACGUCCCGAGAAGAACUACGAAACGUCGUCGUCGUUUCUUGAUCGUCGACGUCAAAAGUCAAGUAGACAGGCAGAGGAAGAGAAGACUGGAGGUGGAUCACCGGCGUCGUUUCUCCGGGGGUGGGGAUGGAGCCGGAGCAACGAGGACGACGCGCUUCGUCGACGUCGAGCCUCGGACGCGAGGUCCGUUGCGGCUGUCAGUUCUACCAGAGCGACUCGCUUCUGCCGGAACGACGUGCUCUCCUCGUCAGACCAUCAUCCAGGACGAUGCAGCAGCCACCUGCGGUCCGCUGCAGCGAGCACGAGUACGAACCGAUCGCGCCGCCGCUACCACAAUCGGCGAUGGCGCCGGUGGUGCGUAUCGUCGACACGGACGUGAUGCCCGUCGCCGACAGCGACGACAGCAUCGACGACCGGAGUCGGUUGCCGCCGGAGCUGAUCCUGGACGGCGAUUUGAUCCUCCCGUUGGAUGGCAAGAUCGAAGACAGCGCGAUGGAGGGCCGCGAGGCCGUUGGCGGGAUCGGCGAUACUUCCGAGGAGCAGGAACCCACGAUGCAGCAGUUCCAGGACAGGCUCGAGGAGCAAUUCCUCGACGCGCCUACCCCUUACACCGAGUCCAGGACCGACGGCGAGGUCAACACCAGUCAGGUAGACUCGUCGGCAAUAGAGGAACUGCCACUUCGACGCGGUGCUCGCGGUUUAUCUCAGCGCAUGAAGACGGAAGCUUGUAAACUUCGCUCUCGACUUCGGAAUAUCCAACGUCCCUCGUUCUCGUUCCCACAAAAACGGCAGAAGCCCGAUAAAAAGAAGACGACGACGACCACAACGACGACGACGACAAGAUCGACGGCGGCGAGCAGCGGCAAGUCGGAAAAAUCCCGCAAAUCGGUGGAGAAGCGACCUAGUAGAAUGGACCGAAUAAGAACGUCCAUAUCCGAGAAAACGGCGAAAUUCAGCCUGCCGCUCGAUCGAACGAAAUUCAGUUUGCCCGACAGAUCCAAGUUUCAUCUGCCGGAGAAACCGAGAUUCAGUUUCCCGGAUAAGUCGCGCUUCCACUUGCCGGACAGGUCAAAAUUCACCAUCAAGAAGCCCAACAUCCGCUUGUCAGACGCGCUUGCUCGCGUCAAACGGGCACCUUCUCUACGCGAGCAACAGCAGCAACACUCGACCGAGUCCACCGUUGGUUCCAAGCGCAACAUCUUCGACUUCUCCACGUAUCCGCGCAUUUUCGACAAGAAGUCCAAGAAGCACGGGGAGUACGCAACGUCCUCGCCCAAGGAUUCUAGGGAUCAGUCCGCGGAAAGCGCGACUUUUCCUCGUCCUGGGAAAGGAAAACGCUUCAGCGCCAGAUGGUCCCAUCGUUUUGGGCAUUCAGCUGAUACUCCGGACCAGGAUCGGCCUGAGGAUGAGGUAGCGGCGAGCGAUGGCUCUCCUCCGUGGCGUCAGAGUUCAAUGGAAGAACCGCCAAGACUGUCCGCUAGAACAGAAGAGGAGAUAAUGGCGGCGGCUCGCGCGAUUCCCUGGGAAGAUACGAGAAAACGGGAACAGUACGACGAAGAGGAGAUACAGUACAUGGAUUAUGAGCAAGAGUCAUCAGAAAUGUCGGAUCGGCAUCCAGCUCCGCCGAGGAGACUUCACAAGAGACGGCAAGAAGAAUCGUACGAACGCGAAGAAGCGAUGGAUCCGAGAUUAUAUCGCGAUCAAGAAAUGAAACACCGAGACGAAGUCGAAGAAGAUGAAGAUGCGAUGGCGCGGGAUGAUUGGCGCGUAGAUCAAGAAAUGAUGCUUCAGGAAAAAUUCAGACCGAUUCCCAGAUCACGAUCGUUGGACGAGGACAUACCGCGAGUUUUGGAACGAGAAGGAUACGACGGAGCAUUCAUGGCCGUAGAUCCGAGGCAAUUUAAACCGCGUAAAAUGGCGUCUGAGGAGGAGAAAGAGGAAGUAGAAGGAGAAUUGGAGGAAGUCGAAGAGGAACAUGAGCCUUCCUCGAUGCAAUCCGAUCGGGAGCAACAAGCGUCUAGCGGCAGUUCCUGUGAUCGAAGACGUCGCGGAGUCAUAGAAGAGAUCGAUUCCGACGAGUUCUUCGUGCGGGCGAGAGGUAUCAGUCAGGACGAUAUGAACCUGAACAAUUUCCUAACCGAUGAGAUCCGAGAAGCUCUCAGAUCGAAAAUCGUCAGUGCCUUGCAGGACGACGAGCUUCCACCUAGUCCGCCGCCUCAACGUCCCAUGAGAACGCGAACCUUGAGGAAACGUAAGGAGGAUUUAACGAAGGAGUCUACUGAAAUGAUACCACCGAUCAGACCGAAACGGGAACGCGCGGCGGCUCGACGUAGUCGAGAGGCGUCGAUCGUGGACGAGAUGUUCCGCGAACGCACGAGGAGCGAUUCUAGAAGCGACUCCAGACACCGCGUGGUAUACCAGGCGGAGGGGAAUCAUCCGGAAUCAUCGCAGGAGCCAUUAGACGACAUAGUUGUGGUAAAACCGAUGCGAAGAAAGUCGAGAUCAUCUUUGCGUAGUCAAUCGCAGCCGCCGAUGGAGAUGCCGAUACUCUUUCCCGAGACGCCUGUUCAGUCAUCUAUUCUUCUUUCAGCCACGCCACCCAUCGUACCGAUACGCAGGAAGCGUUCGCACCGAGAGACAAUAAUGAAUCGAAGAAACGGCAACGUGAGUGCACCAAUCUGCAAUGGUCAUCGCGGCGAUGUGUGGGAAGUCGAAAUUGUCGAGUCCAAGAAGCCAGUGAUACCGACGAGAUCGUCGCGAUCGCGACAAUCGUUGAUUGAACGUAAUGUUGUAAUGUCCACGAGUCGCGAGAACUUUGUCAACCUAGACGCGCGGCAUCGACGAGCGGAAUCCGCACCGGAAUCGAUACCGGUACCGCCGAAGAGACGAUCCCGUUCAAGAGGGACGUCGGUUGCCGCGGACGAAGACAGAACAUCGCACGGCGCGGAAUCUUUGCCGGAAGCCGGCUACGUCGAAGAAGAUAUACCACGAGAGGACGAGAACGACUCGGCGCAGGAUUUCAACGGUUACGCAAUCGUGGAAAAGCGGGAGAAACCGCCAAGGCCACCGCCACCUAGAAGAAAACGCAACAAAUUCGCUACAACCCCGAGACCGACUCCGCCUAAACGACCUCAACGAGCUUACAGCACUCUGGGACCCGCCAGAACGAGAGAUACCAGCAUGGCAUCGGAAUCGAUUAUUGGUAUGACACCCUCUGAAUCCGCGCCUUAUAUCGAGAUUGACGCAGAAGAUGUCGAGCACAGAGAUCUCCGUAGCGGGAUGCUUAAUAAAAUUCAACGUCGACCGCUUCCGGCGCCACCGCGACCACCUAGGGCGAGGAAGGAACACGCGAUCAUCGAACGACCUCGCACCCCGUUCGAGUACCCGGAGAUGAUGGAGACGACAGCAGCGACACAAACCGAUCCAUUGCCGGACGACAUGGUGAUCGAGGAGAUCACCCAGGCGAAGCUUAUAAUGACACAUUCUAGAUCUGGUUCACAAGUGAUGGUGUCGAUGGAGCGUAUACCCAGUCCGAGUAGAACAGGCACGCCGCCUGUACCGCCAUUACCAAUAUCGCAGUUUAUGCGAAAGGAAGAAGAGGAGGAGGAAGAAGAAGAAGAAGAAGAAGAAGAAGAAGAGGAAAAAGAAGAGCGACUAGAAGAAGAUAUUCGAAUGACAUUUGACACGGUGUCACUGACACCAUCACCAAUGAGAGAGAUAGAUUUAGAAGACAAGCACAGAUUGCCGCAUUUGGAAGAACGCGUCGCGGAAGAACCGCAACCGCGACCUCAAAUCAGAUCCUCAGGUCUACGGUCUGACGAACCGUUGAGAAUCAGUAGUCUCGAAGUCGGCGACUUGAAGGUCGACCGACUGAGCGUAUCACAAAUAGAAGCGCACAAAAUUGUAGCGUCCGAAGUGGACGCAAUGAUGAUCACAGCCUCGGAAUUGAGAGGAGGCAGCGGUUCUCUGGAGGAGAGUUUUUCACCGGCUAUUAUCAGAGAACUAAUGGCGAUUAGGAGUCACUUGGAAACCGUGGUGCAGGUGCAGGAGAGGCACCGCGAAAGCGAGGAGUCUGCGAGUCGCAAGAUAAUUCCCGACAUUCCCACGAUCGACCACAGUCAAGUUCGAGAGCAGGAAUUUGUUUUGGAAGAAGAUUUGCAGGAAGUAGCAGAAUACGAUGUGGCCAUCGUGAACGAGCCGGCGUCCAUGGAAGAUAAGUUGAUGGAAGACAAGGAGAUGGAAGUUAAGACGGAAGUCCUGGAGUCGGAAGUCCUGGAGACGGAAGUCCUGGAGACGGAAGUCCUGGAAACGGAAGUCCUGGAAACGGAAGUCCAGAAGACGGAAGUCCACAAGACAGAAGUCCAGGAGACGGAAGUUCAGGAAACGGAAAUCCAGGAGACGGAAGUUCAGGAGAUGGAAAUCCAGGAGACGGAAGUCCAGAAGACAGAAGACCAGAAGACGGGAGUCCAGGAGGUGGAAGUCCAGGAGACGGAAGUCAAGGAGAUAGAAGCUGACGACGAUCAAAAGGUUGUUAAAACAGACAUAAUAGAUGUCAAGGGCAAAAAGUUAACACACGUCCUUUCAGUUGCUCAAACCAAAGAAUUCCCCUCCUUACAGACGCUUACGAUAGAUGAAUUAGAAUCCAAGGACAAAGACGAAUUCCCCAUACAUUUGCUCACGGUUGCUCAAGAUAAGUCCUUACAAAUUUUAGAUUCCGAACAUCCCCUAACUUUGAGUUCGCAAACCACAUCGGGCUCUCAUGUCGACGAAUCUCGUGCUUCAUAUCCUACAUCGGAUGUGCCUUCAACUCGAUCUUCCGAAUCGAGAGUGUCGCCAGAACGCGUUGACGAACCUUCGAGUAGCUCUGUCCAGACUACUAUUGUUACUACUACUACCACCACUGCUACAACUACUGCUACUGCUACUACAACAACUACUACUACUACUACUACUGCUACUACUACUAUUGUCGACCCGGACACAACAUCUACGAGUCUUCACGGCAGCAAGGACGAUUUGUCUAAUAGUAAAACAGACCAGAUUCCUCGCAAGUCGAGAUCUAGAUCCCCUUCGCCUAGCAAAGGUAUCGUGCGACAAACCGCGUCCCCAGUCCGUUCAUUGCCACCAGUCAUCUCUGUGACUCCCGACACGCCUGACACGAUCGUACCGAGACACGGUACCUCUGUGGAUGCUCAGCCACAGCGAGCCGUUAUUUCCUAUUCUUCGGACACUAGCUACAAUGUCCCUAAGGCCGCUCAACCGCAGCGUGCUGUCAUUUCCCACUCUUCCGAUACAGGACAAUCCCUUAGAGAAAGACAAAGGGAAUCCUCUGAAUCGCCAGUAUCCUCCUUUCCUUUAAACUCGACUCAUUUCAUCGCCUUUCCAGCCUCUGAAAUUCCAAUCCAGUUUUUUUCUCUGAAUGAAACAAGUCGACGCAUUAAUACAGAACCUGGUGUUAUAGACACUACACAGCAGCUUCUCCGAGUUCUUCGAUCGGCCGGUAUAAAAGCCAUGAGGCAUUUUAUAAGGUAUUUAACGUCCACGCUAAGUAUAGAUGACACAAGAGAGAAAAUCAGAGAAGUAGAAUUAGCGAUAUGUGCUCUAUUACUUUUGAUUGUAGGCUUGUUGAUAUAUUAUUUCAAUAGCACACGAACUGUAACACAUUUGCAUCAUUGGGAUUAUUUUAAUCCCCCUCAAUAAUAUUUUCUACAAUCCAGUUUGCCUACAUCAUAUCAUGCAUAUUCAUAAAUAGUUCAUUGGUACAUAGAAAUUAAAAUUUCAUAUUCUUGUAUAAAUUUGUAUUAUAUAACAAUAAUUUUGUGUUGAAGGAAGUAAAAAAAAUAUACAAACUAGGACGAAGCAUGGAAUUGGAACGGAAUUACGGAUUAUAGUUCUU